AAAGCCGGGUGUUCCACGGACCACGGGAGGGAAGGAUGUGCCCCGCUUUUCCAACCCCCCGUGCGGCGCUCCCACGCCGAGUCGCUGACCACUGCCUCUUCCUCUCGUCCUCCCCUCGUCCCGCGCCAUCUCGUCUCCUCUUCGUCCUCACUCGUCGCGUCCUCCGCUAGCCCAGCCCACUCGCAUCGGAUCGCGCGCGGGGUCACGGCAUGGCCGGCGACGACGGCAGCAGCGGAGGCGCGGGCGUGGGAGGAGGCGGCAGCAGGGAAGAUGAGGUCCAGAUACAGAUCACGGGAUCAUCCAAACCUGAAACUUCUUCUGCUAACGAAACAGCUCCUCAGAACUCUCCUACCAAGCAUUGGCAUUGGUGGUUGAUGGUAGCCCUAAACAUUUUCUUCCUCAUUGCUGGUCAGACAGCAUCAACACUCCUUGGGAGGUUCUACUACAAUCAAGGUGGAAAUAGCAAGUGGAUGUCCACAUUUGUCCAAACUGCUGGCUUUCCUGUGCUAUUCAUCGCCCUAUACCUGUUCCGUUCAAAAUCUACACAAACAACCACCGCUAGCCCUGAGACUUCUGUCACCAAAAUUACCCUGAUAUAUAUUGCCUUGGGGCUCAUCAUUGCUGCAGAUGACUUGAUGUAUUCCUAUGGCCUGUUGUACCUUCCUGUAUCAACAUAUUCGCUCAUAUGUGCUAGUCAGCUGGCCUUCAAUGCUGUCUUCUCAUAUUUCCUCAAUGCCCAAAAGUUCACUGCAUUGAUUUUCAACUCUGUAAUCCUCCUUACCUUUUCUGCCGCACUUCUUGGAGUUGAUGAAGAUUCUCAGGGUACUAAUGGUUUAUCGCAUGGGAGAUACAUAUUGGGUUUCAUGUUGACGCUAGGAGCAUCGGCCACAUACUCACUGAUUCUGUCUUUAAUGCAAGUUACAUUUGAGAAGGUUAUUAAGAGGGAAACUUUCUCAGUCGUGCUGAACAUGCAGAUAUAUACAGCAUUAGUGGCAACAAUAGCUUCUCUUAUUGGGUUAUUCGCAAGUGGUGAAUGGAAGACUUUAAAGGGGGAGAUGCAUGCCUUCAGCUCAGGGAGGUUGUCCUAUGUGAUGACACUUCUGUGGACUGCUAUAUCUUGGCAGAUAGCUUCUGUUGGAGUGGUUGGUUUGAUCUUUGUGGUGUCAUCCCUCUUUUCAAAUGUGAUAAGCACACUAGCUCUACCCAUCAUUCCAGUUUUUGCUGUGAUUUUCUUCCACGACAAGAUGGAUGGAGUGAAGAUUAUUGCUAUGUUGUUGGCCAUCUGGGGAUUUAUUUCAUAUGGCUACCAGAUAUAUGUUAAUGACAAGAAAGCUAGGAAGACUUCGGUUAGUGUGGAGUAGAAUUCCUAAGUGCUUGUUACAUUGUUCUUUGUGCUUCUGCCAAUGUAAGUUGUUGGCAUUGAGCAAGGUACUAGUUAUUGUAGCCAAAAGAAAGCUUUUUUAAGAAUCUCAUGAUCACAAUUCUUAGGUAUGUGCCUCUAUUAGUUUAUUGUCCUAUGUAUGGUUGUAUCAUCCCGAAAAAUAAGAUGAUAAUAUUUUCAGAGGCAUAUGCUCUCUAAGUUUCUCAUCGUCUCUUAAAUACUUGCUUGACUUGAUUGUUCUUGUUGCACUUACCAAACCACUGCGAUAUUGUGGUGCUAUUGGUUCAACUCAAUUUAGUAUUUCGUGGUGGUGGAUGCUGGGUACUGUUUAUACUACUACCCUUUUGUGAGGGGACUCUGGGUAAUGUUGAUCUGAUACUUGUCGUAGUUUGGGUGGGAAGUUGCUAAUGCAUGUUGUCAGUUAAGAACUUUAGUACCACUUUGACUUGCAUUUUUUAUUUAAAACUCUUGCCUCAUGUGAUGUAGAAUGAAGCCCUUGUGCUGCUUGAUCUGAAAACUCAUAGGUUGUCAUUACUUUGAAACUUUUGACCAUAGAAGAAUCUGAAAACUCAUAGGUUGUCAUUACUUUGAAACUUUUGACCAUGGAAGAACCCAUUGAAGAAAUUCCUAUCCAACAUUUGUUUCCUAGAGCCCUUUAAAGCACAGGCUGAAAUAUAAGAUAUGUUUCCCAGCACUCUAACAAAAACCCUCUCCAUAAAUUUCGAGUUUCCCCUUGUGUGGGUGUCUGGGUGAGGCCUUGGGGAUGUUUUCUCAGUCAUGCAGCGAGAAAAUUCUUCUGCUGUUAAUACCAGGGGUGUUCUUUCCCCAGGACCGAGUUUUAAAUUUUGAGUUUUAUGUUUUGAAAUGAAUCAUGAUUCGACCAUUGUGUAUUGAAACCUUGAAGGCAGUCUGGCCGAGUAUGGAUAGCAUUUGUCACUUCAAGAUCUGCAUGCUGAGGAAGCAGGCUCAUGAAUCCUUGUGAACAUGUCUGAAUCGACAUUGUAGCAGGAUCCUAAAGAUGUGUAGUUAACAGUGUCAAUCUCUGUGUAUGAAUAAGCUAAUGAUUUUGAAUAAUUGGAUUUGUCAGGCCUGAAAAUGGUAGUAUAAGCUAGUAGUUUACUAAUAUUUUGCUCACUGGUGAAUGGUGAUGUAACAAUUCUGCUUCAGAAAGGGUGUUUCAAUUUAGUGCAUUCAACGGUUUGGUAUAAAUUACUGUUGAAUCUUACUCAGAGAAUCGUUCAUCGUUUCUCAGUUAUUGCUACAUCUACUGAAGCCUGACUGAGCUAUAUUGUUUUCACCUGAAUUUAUAUGCACCCAACUUGAAUUUUACCACUUUAGAUAUCCUAAGGAGAUAUAAUCUGCAAUCGGUGAACCUGAACUAUCGUAUUGUCAUGGCAUAUUGGACAUGUUUUGGUCAUGAGAAUUCUGCUGCCUGCAUGAGUAGGCUGAUCAUACCUUAGCAGUGGACCUUGAUCAGAAGUACCAUAUUCACGCGUACCCUUAAGUUGAUUUUAUACGUCCUAGAAAACGUUUUCCAGGAGUUUGCAUUUUGGAUGAAGUGCCAAAAUAUACGUAAGCAUAUGAAAUAUUGGGGACUUGGUAUUUUUGAAUCCAAUGCAAUAAGUCUUCAGUCUAUCUCGGGAAGCUGACUGGCUGAGCAACCAUGUUGCUGUAACGAAGGAAAUCGAGGCCACGAAGAUGAAUGACGGUCGUUUCUUCUCGAAGAAUGACGUCCGCAACAAUUUCGCUCAGAAAGUCAGAAUCGGUGAGGCAGCGCCUCUUGGCUGGCUGAACUGUGAUUCAGCAACGAAGGGGUGGUAGGAAGUAUUCACUUGGCUGCGUCAAUGUAUGCUUCGUUUGUGCAUUUCAAUACCUCAGAUUUUGCAGAAAAAUGCCCCUACGAUCCUAUCACCUCAGAUGCACUCGUGAUGAACACAAUUCUGUUGCCAGCGAUGCGCUGUUCAUGUUGGUAAAUAUGUGAUGAGAUGGCUGGGUUGAAUCGAUUUUCGACUCUCGUGGAUGUCUGGGGAAUCCUCCAUUAACAUCAGUUUCUUUUGAUGACAAAUCCACCAGACAGUCAGAAGACUUCUGUUGUCAGACAAAACUAUUACUACCUGCAUAAAAUAAAUAAGUGCAUUUCUGAUUAUGCACCUGUACAAAAUACCUAUUCAGGUACAAUCCAGAAAUACAAUUAUUUUGGUACAGUGUA